UUUGACAGUUAUGGUCUACCCCUGCACGUGUACACCAACCCGGAGUUGCACCAAUGGUGGGGUCAAUGGAAGUACCUGACGCGCAGUGACCAGACCCUGCAAGCCCUGGAUAGUCAAACCUGUGGCCAUUAUGCGUUAUUUUUCUUGAAAGCCCGUGCACAAGGACGGUCGUAUCAAGAAUUUUUAAGUCAAUGGAGUUGCGACAAUUUAGUGUUGAAUGAUCAAAAAGUGGCCGAGCAGUUGAAACAGGUGAUCAAACGGGAAUUACAAGAUGAAGUCCAUGCCCGACCUGACGGGGGGCAAAAGAAUGUGAGCCGCCAGGCCUUUAUCACUUGUAAUCAUUGUGAGUGUUGAAUAAAAACCCAUAAAACGAAGUGUGUGGUCCACGAGUGGUCAUUGUCUCUCAUCAUGAUUACGCGAGCCGAUGUCCAGCGGGUGGUGGAUGCGUUCAUUCUGGAAGAAACCUUGUAUUGGUGGGAACACCCCAUCGAAAAGGUCAACACGGUGCGUGGCAUCGAUGCCUGGGAUGGGUAUCAUUGGUUAAUGGCCCGACAAUUGGCACAAGACCAAGAUUGGGUCUCCCUCAAACAGUACAUGGACAGCAUGAGCGAAACGUAUUUAAGAGAAACCAUGGAAGGUCUGAUCCAGUCCGAAUCGCCUCGCUUAUACCGCGACUAUUGGACGGCAUGCCCAGACGACGACGACGACGACAGCGCGCCUCCACCCGACGACCCCGCUUUCGCCAAAACGGACGAGGCAUCAUGAGCGUGUUGGGCAAAGCGUAUAAAAUCGGCGACCAAUUGGGACGGGACAAACGGUAUAAACGCAUGGGUGCUAAAGGGGCCACCGGUCAUUAUCGACGUCACCCUCGACCGUGGGAAUCAUGAUCCGACAACCUAGCAGUGUGAUCAUCGCGGGCCCGUCGGGCAGUGGCAAAAGUGACUUGGUGGAACAAUGGUUACGGUACCUGAACGUCUUUCAAGUCAAACCCCGCAAGAUUGUGUAUGCUUAUGAUCGCUGGCAACCCCGAUUCGAGCGUAUGCAAAAAAAAGAGGGGAUUCAGUUUCAUCGCGGAUUACCGGACCCCCGUCAUUUGACGCAAUGGUUUGGUCGGACGCGCGGCGGGGUACUGGUCUUGGACGACCUGAUGGAAGAAGGGGGACAAGACAAGCGCGUGUUGGAUUUGUUCACCAAAGAUUCGCAUCAUCGCAACAUUACGGUGCUGUAUUUGACGCAAGAUUUAUUCCCGCCGGGCAAAUUUUCCAAGACCAUCAAUCGCAACGCGCAUUACAUUGUGGCGUUCAAAAACCCCCGGGAUCAAACAGGGAUACGGACGAUUUUAUUGCAAGCCUUUCCGGAUCGGUGGCGUCAAGUCUUGCGCCUAUUUAAACGCAUCACGGCCCGCCCCUUUGGCUAUUUGAUGUUGGAUGUACAUCCGGCGUCGGAUGAUCGCUACCGCCUGUGGAGUCAUUUAACGCCUCGAGAAGGCAAAGCGCAAGUUCACACCUUGCGGGCGGAUGUCCCUGCCGUUCGACAACGCCCUGCAACGAGAACUCGCCAGGGUCCGCCGGCAAAGAGAAGGCGGACAACAUACUGAGUUAGCCACUCGCAUGGACACACCGACCCUCUCGCCCGCGGGGGUGGGUUCCCCUUCGGUCCUCCGGGAUCUCAGCAGCAUGACGGACAUGGUGACCGAAUUGUCUCGACCCGUGGAUCGUGUCCAAUUGGAGCAACACAUUGACGAUUUCAAUUUGACCUACCCGGUCAAUGUAGACGAUGCCUUGAAUGCAUUCACGCUCCCGCCCGUGGCAGGCACUGGCACUGCCCCCGCCACCACCACGGCACCACCACCAUCCACCAUCACCACCACCGCUCCCAUCACUACCACGGCUGCCCGUCCCACCACAUCCACCCGAACUCGUCCCACCACGACUACCACCACCACCAGUCGACCACGACCCGUCACGUCCACUCGAACACGCCCCGCCACUACCGCCACGACCACCACCGCCCCCUCCCGCCCCUCCACCAGCCGCCGCAGUGCCGGGGCAGGGACCAGGACUACCACCUCCACGGUGACGACCCCCACUGGACGCCCCACCAUGGCCGCCAAACAACCGCGACGGCGCCCCAGGGUGCCCUCCCCACCAUCCCCCGAUUCGUCCCCUCCGUCUGAUGACGAGGAUGGCGAUGAUGAUGAUGACGAUCGACGGCGAGGGUUAAGGCGACGGUUGGAUUUGCUCAAUGAAGAUGCUCAAGAACGGGCACGAGGUCGACGGAUUCGCAACAUCACGCACACCAAUACAGUUACGACCGUGUAUGAAGAGGGUGGUCGUCCCUCGGUGCGCCGCACGUCCACCCGAACCUCCAGCCCAAGUCCACCCAGACCACCACGCCGAGGACGGGGCCGUGGCCGUGGCCGAGCACGCGGACGGGGCCGAGCCCGUGGACGAGGAGGCAGUUCUUCAUAAAAGGUAUAAAAACCGUGGCUUCCCUUCUAUCGUCCCAAAAUGUGUGGUGAAUGUCGACACGCCAUGGGCCCUCGACGCAAACGCCAACGUAGGACGACACGACGACGACCCGCCAAACGACGACGGCGUGUGAGUCAAGUAGGGAGUGUCGCGGCCAGUCUGCCUAUGGGCAUUCUCAAAGCCGGUUAUGGAAUCACCAAAGCCAUCGGGGAUCAUCAAACCAAGCGUGCCAUCGCCAUUGGCGAAAAACGUCGACGAGAAGUGGCUUCAGGCAAACGGAAAAAAUACGCGGGGGAAUCCUUUAAUUGUUCCAUCAUGUGAAAACUAUAAAAGACCAAAGGUGUGUCCUCCAUCGGACAGAUCAUCAUCAUCAUGCACUGUGGUCCACGACAACGACGAAAACGACGCCGAAAACAACAAGGGGGUAUUCUCCCACUUCUCAUCCCCGCGGCUGUUGCGGCAGCCGUCCUCAUGAAGAAGAAGAAAAAAAAAGUGGGCAAGAUCAGUGCAGCGCAAAUGGCCGCCAAUCAACGACGAGUCGAGCGGAUGUUUAAUCGAAUGCCGGGUUGGGGUGGAUUCAAAACGCUGAAAAGGCUAUAAAAGAAAACACUGAAAAAAAGCUAUAAAAGAAACGCUUGGUGGGACACACGAUUCCAAUUGAGGAUGGUCCGUGGACCCAACGGUCGCCGACAUCGUUAUGUCCCUCGAAUACGACGCCGACGACGUGGAUUGCAACGUGGAGGCGUGCUCCCCAUGUUGGCAUUGGCUCUCUCGCCUGGGGCGUUCAAGAAGAAACGGCAGGCGCGCCGACGCUAACGUGACCAAGAAACGAAAAGCCGUCACGUUUGCAUUGGAUUGGGACGACCAGUAUGAAGCGGCUUUGUGUGCACGGUGUCGACAUCACAUGCAAACGCAUUAUCAUGGCGAAUUGUGUGGUCGAUGUGGCGCCAUUUUUACCAUAAAUAGACCUUGGUCCUUGCCUGAACUGAAGAUUCAUCAUGGGGUGGCGCAUGGAACGUCAAGCCCCGUUCUUAAAAAGUGUCUUACAAGAAGCCAAUCAACACAAACGCCAAGAAUUGUUGCGGAUGGCCAAUGCGGAUCAGAUCAAUGCUGUCAGUGAAUUGGUGAUGAACACUCUCCGUGGCACGGUACCCCGUUCCCGACAGACCAUUACGUUGCUCAAACCUCACGCUCAGAGUUUACGCGCCAUGGCCAAACCCGCCCAUUCCGUCAAACGACGACGCGCCAUCAUGAUGGCUCAAAAAGGGGGCGCCCUCUGGCCGGAACUCUACCGAUGUUAUAAACGUUGCAUGCGCUAGACCAGACUCCUCAGUUGCACCAUGGAACCCGAGAUGGUGAGCACCACGGUGAACAACGCCCCGGCUUUUUUACAAUUACGAGACCAGUACAAACAAGAAUUGGUGGAAGAUACCCGCUUGACCAAAGCCGCUGAUUUAGCCGCCAAACAACAUGUCCUCCUGACCAGUGACGCCCCCGAUGCUUGGAAACGGCCUCAACUCAAAGCCGUGAGCCGUCAAUUACGCCAUUGGACCAAAAAAGUGCGCCAACCGUUCGGAGCCCCAGCUGGGGGUGUGAGUGCCGCAGGGGCCACGACUCCGGGCGACGAUGAUUUUGAGGCAGGCCCGAUGCAAGCUUGGUUCACGCAAUUGGUCAAGGCCACCCAGGGUAUAAAACAAGGCACCCCGACUCGUGGACCCAGAAAACCCCCUGUCCCGCCCAAACCAAGGUUCACUCCCAGUGCCAAAAAGAAACUCAAGUUCACGACCCCUGCAACUCCGUUGAGCAGCGAAGAAUUGGCGCACGAGUUGCCCUUUUCAGAGGAGCCUGGAACAGGACCUUGGGAUACCCCCAGUGAACGUGUGGACUCUAUCAAGCAAUCGGUCAAGCGCGAGAUUCUCAAAAAAGCCGCUGGUGUCGCCAAAAAGAAAGCCGCUGGUUGGGCCAAGAAAGCCUUGGAUUGGAAAUCGUGGAAAACCCCCUAA